GGGCAUGCGUCCGACAAAAAUCGCUUCGAAGUGAACAGAAUCCUUUGUACGCCAUGUCAACCUACUGCUUUUGGUUUCAAGCGAUUCGGGCGAUUCGGUUUCGAGUGGCGCACCCAAGGCUUGAGAUCCACAGAAAGACGUUUGGAAUCCCGUACCUUGCGCUCAUGGUCCAUGUCCGCAGGGAAUUCAGGCCCAUCAGCAGGUUCCCCGUGUUUUUUUUCAGAUCGAUUUGCCAUGGACGAACGCCGCGCGCACGCCAUCGAGCGCCUGAGAGCGGCAGCGGCUCAACGGGAGCGGAACUUGGAACACUUCGUGAAAGAACUUCAACAUGCCAUGAAGGAGCUGCACGUGCCACUGGCGGAUCGGAGCUUCCGGAGCAAGUUCAGCCGGAACUACCGCGUCCUCUUCCAGGCGAAUCCCAAUGGCUACCGAGUGGAAGUGUUGGAAUCGGUGCUGGACUUGAGCGCCGAGAUUUGGGUGAACAGACGCAUUCACUACAUCACCGGCCUGGCCAUGAGGAAGGGCUAUUUCCUGCAGCAGCGCCUCACAGAGCUCUUUGCAGCGCUUUCAGAGGACGGGCUGCGGGUGCGACAGGAGCUGCGACAGAUGCUGCAAGACCUGGAUCAGGCUUGGAUGGAAUUCGAGAAGCACUACAUCAUGGACUUGAUUGACAUCGAGGCUGAAGCGCGUCAGCCCUUGGCAGAGGCCGUCAACUUGGAGUUGGCCUUAAGGGAAGCUGAGGAGAAGCGAGAAGCGAACAACGAGGAGGUGCCUCCGCUUCGACGGCGCUUGGCACUGCAUGGCUGGCCCAACGUGGAGGAAGCCGCCUGUGAGGACCUUCAACGGCCGGAUGGACUUCCGCGCUCCUCGAUGCCUUCCAUCAGCACGGUGAGCCAAUGGUUCGCCCGGAGGAGCUCGGCUCAUCCGGACACUUCGCUGGGCAUCGAACAACUGGCGACCUCCGCCAGCAGCGCCUCAAGCUCUGCGUGCCGACCUAGCGAGCGUGACGGUGACUGCACGGGUCGGCUGGAGCGGAGGGAGAAGAUCAAGGACUUACUGGCCAAGGUCUGCGAAGUGAAUGCAUGUGCCAACUACCGAGGACGAGGGCGACCGAAGAUGAGCUAUCAAGUCUUGGAAUCUGCAGCUGAUGAGUUCCUGGAAUGCCAGGCUGCUGGAGCCGAGACGCACGCGGAGGCGCUCGCCGUGCGGGAAGCGCUGGCGAAGCACGUGCUCACAGGAUUCCUGCACUUGAGAAGUUAUUUGUUUGAUAUCCGCGGGCGGAUGUUGGAGAUUGAUCCGCAGCUGCGGAACAACUCGAAGCUCCAGAAUUGCUUAGUGGCUUGGGAAGAUGCUUGGGAGCUGGGCGCGCGCUUCUUACGGCCGAAAGACGUUUUGAACGCGCUUUGCUCCUUGUCCGUUCGCCUGGGACAUCUGCAGCGGGACCACGAGAGUUUCGCCCAAAUGGUGGAUUCCCAAGAAGCCGAACUUUUCCUCGUGCUCCCCAGGCUGGUCUUAUUGUGUGCGCUAGCCAGCCCGGAAGUGUCUUCGCCCUUCACGGCCGCGAUGCUACCAGAGCAGUUUGAGGAGCGAGUGUCUUCACUUUUGGGUCUUUGCUUCUCCCGUGGGACGCGGCGGAGCUCGGAAUGGGAUGAGCUCCUGUCCAAGUUCCAAGAGAUUGAGAAAGACUGCUCCUGGAAGCAACUUGUGCGCUAUGCUUUGAAGGGCCCUUCCAGUGCGGAAGAUGAGACCUUGAAGGUCUUCUUGACGGAGCUGGAGGCCUUGACGUUCGACCUCACACGCCGAAGGCCAGAAGAUUGGAACAGCUGCAGUUCUUUACUACUCCGCUGUGCCCAAGCAGUCCUGGAUCUUCAGACCUCCGUGCCUCGUCCGAUGACCGGUCCAAUCCGAUCCGUUCGACACGACGCGACCACACGCGACGUGUACACAUGCGAAAGGAUGCGCGGUUUGGGUGUGCUGGCCUGCUUGAUGUUUGGGAGAGUGAAGGCCUUCGUGUUGAGCUAUCCAUUAAUCCAUUAUGAUCUAAUUAGGUUCCGUUUUUCCCUUCACUUCGGUGAAAUGCGGAUGUGGCAAGACUCCAAGACAGACAGCGGCGAAGAGGUCCUGACCUGACCUACUAGGCCAGCAACGGAAGCAACGGAAGUGCAUCAGGCCGGCGCAACUGCUGCGGAGGGAGCGACACCCGCGGCGGGAGCCACCUCACCCGCGUCGAGUGGGAGCGACGCCACCGGCGCCCGCGACCCGAAGACAUCGAAGUCCUGCGACGAUUCUACGCCGGACACGCGGGACGGUGAUGUGUCUGACGGAUGGAUGGAGGAUCGUGCAUGGACACGCGAGUGAGGCGAAGAAAGAGCAAGGUACUGAAAAGGCC